UUUUGAUUCACACUCCAGACAGUAGGUGGCGGUAAUGCACGUAAAAAAAUGUUCCCCAACCGCCAGUAAACAACAGUGAAGGAGACGAGUUCGCGGUAGCAGGUAAUUCAUUCAUAAUAAGGAAGCAAGACAAAUGUCUUCAACAUGGAGUAUGAUGAAAGCGUCUUAAUUCGACAUAUGAACAAUGUGAAGCUGACCGCAGAGGCACAGCACAAACAGCAGAUGACUAUCCACUGUGCGCAAUGCAACACUGUCCUGGGAGACUCCUACGGCAUCUGUGGGGAGGUACACAUUGAACGUAUGGACUCGAUCAUGUGUCUAAGAGUAACUGAUGAUGUGGUCAUCAGUGAUGCAAUGGAGUCAGGACAUAAAGGGGACCUGGCUAAUUGCAUCUUCAGUUCUCUAAAAUGUCACGGCUGCAGCUGCAUUGUGGGGAAAGUUAUUCAUUCAGCUCCGUCACAUUUGGCUACAAUUCGCUCUCUUUUUCUCCUCUACAAAGCAAACCUCAGUUGUUACAUCCUCACCAGCAGCUCGAUGGUGAAAGCGUCCAAAAUCACAUUUAAUCUGAAGCCCAUCAGAGAAAGCAUUAAUGAGGUGAGAGAGCAGUUUGAAGAGCAGCUGGAUCAGAUGUCACGUGUUAACAGCAAACUGACCGACAAGAGUGUUUCCAGUGAACAGGACAAGUAGCGUGCACGAGCAGUCUAGACCUGGUCCUGGGAUUAGGCACCUUGUGUUUUUCAAUCUGCUGCCUGCCUGUAUACUAUUUCUAUAUGUUAUUGUUCUUUUCAGUUUUGUUUUCAUUAAAUGCUUUGACAUGUUCGUAUACAUCCCUGCAGCUGGAAAACUGAUCCCUUAUUUGUUUUGUUCAAUCUUUGUGUUUUCAUUGUAUAUGUUGUGGUGCAGAAAUUUAAAAAAAUUCCAAUUGCCACUUAGCUUGUUAUCUGGAUUUAAAAGAUUCUAACAUGUAUUCACGUUAAUGUACACAUACUUAAAGUGGAAAAUUCAACACAAGAAACCUGUGACUUAAUCUAGUACCGCCAACAGACACCUCUGAUUCUAUUAAGUUCAUCUGUGAUGGUACAUGGUGGUGUUUUUGUUAGUUUUUUUUUAAAUAAAUAGUUCCCUCUAGAACUUCAUUGUUGUUUUUACAUUUACUUUUGCUUACAAGCAAGACACAGGGUGUUAAUUAGUAAUCUUUAGAGGCAUUGUGGUACAUUUUGGCUUGAGAGCUAGGCCAGCUUUGUCCCUGCUUCCAGUCUUUAUGCUAAGCUAAGUUAACCACCUCCCAGCUCUAGCAACUCACUGAUUUUCAGAAAGGAAGUGACUGUUGAACUAUUGCUGUAACCAUAAAAUUCGAUUACGUUUCACAUCUGUCACCGCCCUCCAUGUUAUUCUCUCCAUAUCAGCAAACUAAUUAAACAUUAACACCCAGCCGUCCAAUUGGCACCAUGCUGCAUUUUAUUGCUGAACUUCUGAUACAGAUUUUUUUAGUUAAUACAAAACCAGACAAGAGGCUCACACAUAAUAAGCAUGCCCAUUUCCUCCUUCUGGAGUGCAUAGUUUCUACACAGUCCACCUCUGCAGUGGAAAACUUGGUUAACAAAGUCAUGUCACUAAUCUUCUUACCCAAGCUUAGUUUUUUUUUUUUUCUUCAUGGGAACAAAGGUUGGUCAGUGUUUUUCAGCUACACUGUCGCUGUGCUGCUGUGGUCAUGUUUGACGCAACAGAGCGCGACAGCAGAACUCUGAAAACUACUCUGUUAUGUCUUUUUUGGUGCUGUUCAGUCUGUGAAAACCACAGCUGAUGGUCAAAGCUACUUCAGCAUGCUUGCUGCAGUGUCAACUGUCCCUUAUCACAACAUCUGAUAUGAACAUUUCAAUAUCCUAAUUUACACUCAUUCACAUUACAAAGUUGGAUUAUUGCAUGCAAUACAUAUCAUUCAUUAUUCUGUUAAAUCAUGCAUAUUUUUUAAACCCAUAUAUUCAUGUUGCUAGAUGCCUAUUUGCUUAUAAAUUGUGAUUAUAAAUCCCCACAAAGAGCAUUACAGGGUUUUUAGCACACAGUAUUCAAGACAGGAUGCUGAUGAAGAUGGUGCAAGUCAGUACACAGAGAAAGUGCUUUUCAAACAAGUGUCACGUUUGUUCAGUAAGUCAUUUGCAGCAGCAGAAUUACUGAAAGUUUGUAUUUCUAAAGGAAGGGGCAGGUUUUGUGAAUGUAAAAAUGCUACAAGAAUUGAUACGACUCCCAAAAAAGUAAUAAUCGAUAGCUACCAUAGGCAUACUGGGGGGAUCCUUUCAGUUCUUACACCCUGGCAUUAAACUCAUGCAUUAUUGUAGGUUAUUGCUUCUAAAACUAAUCAAAUACAAUUUUAUGGAUUUAAAAUAUAAUGCUCUAUGAGGUAUUAUGUACAGUACAAUGUCAUGGUGAGAUCUAAAUUCUAGGACUAAAAUGCUACAUCUGAUUCCUAGUAACUGGAUCUAAAUAGGGUUAAAAUGCUACCAUUAAUAUAACAUCUCUCUAAAGACUUCUGUCAUUAUCACAUUAUUCCUUGGGAGUUUUGGCUGUCGCUUAAUAAUAACCUAAUUCCUCUGGUGCUUGGGAAUGGCAUGAAUACAUUUUUAGGACAUCUUUUAAGCAUUUUUGUCCAGAAUACAGCAUUUGUUUUAGAAAGCACUAACUUGCAGUGAGCACACUGUAUAUGUAAAACAGCUUGAAUCAAUGCUUUAACUGCAAACCCUGACUGUCAUACUCCAAAUGCAUUUUCAUUACACAACCUAGACAUGCAACAAAAAGCAAAUCUUGCAUUAAUCUAAGAUUUUAGGGCACAGCUGUGUUUAAAUGUUGUGUAUUCAAAGGCUUGGCACAUCGGUCUACCACCCUUUAGUUUUAGUGAAACCGUUUUGAGCUUUAACUUUGUGUAGAAAUUGAUUUCACUUGUCUUCAUGAAGCAAGCAUCACUACUGGUCAUGCAUGGCUAAUAUAAUGUUGGCACCACAGUCCCACUAAAUAAGCUAAUGCACAUGAUUCUAUACAUAUCUUAAUGGAAGACAUUGGUGAUUUUGUUGCUUUCAAACAACUUGUCACUUGUUUAUACAAUAUACAGUUUGGUCAACAACAUGACAGUUAAGAUCAAAUAUUGCACAAAUCCCGGUAACUGUGAUUUUUUUUUUCUUCUGUCUGUGAAUAAAUCUUAUAAGAAACGAACAAAGAAAACUGAAAAAAUGUGACCGGGGUUUCCUUCAACUAAGGACAAAUACAAGAUGAAUUGAAGCUGCAAUUUCAGCACUGGUAUCUCUUAACUUACUGGAAACAUGAUGUUUGAUCAACUUUGUCAGACAAACCAGAUUCAUUUCAGUUUUGGGUUAUUGUGUUUCACUGUUCACAGCACUAAAGGAAUCAGAUGGUCAGUUCUUUCGCUAGCUGUUCAUGUCAACACUGUUCUGUUUAUGUCUGGCUAAAAAGUGUACGCUAAGGGAGGAAAACCAGACCACACUUUUGUAAUAAACAACAGACUUCAAAUACUAUAGGCUGCUGAAUUUCAGGGGGGGAAACUGCCAAUUCUGUCUUUACCUGCAUUUGUGAAUAAACCUGAAGACUUGACAAACAAGAGCACUAUGAACCCGAAAUGCAAAUAUGAGACCAUGGAGUGAAAGUAUGAUCUUGUGACUUUUAGAACAGAUGCACAGGAGACCACAGGCUGAGUGAGUCAGUGUUUUUCUCAGAAUGGUCAAGCUGAAAGUAAAUGACACCAUUCAUCAUGUGCUGGCAGGCUCCCCUGUCUUGUCUUAGCAGCCUCAAUAUUAACUCUCUAAAACAAACCAAAUUACUUCAGGAUUUACAUAUAAAACUGCUGUGGUGAUUGAUAAGAGUUAAGCUACUUGUA